AACCCGGCUGGCCUUGUUAAACGUCAGUGGUCUGGUGGGUUUUGUGGAAAAUCUCGAGAAUAGUUUCGGAAAAAUUGAAUUUCGUUUCUUGCGCACUUUCCAUCGUCUGACCCGGGUCGAGAGCAACGAAACACGCAACACCUGAACGACCGUACAAUUUCGCAUUCAUGUUGCGGUCCACUGACGAUCCCGGCGUGUAGUAUAAAUGUUGACCGAGCGUGAAAAGACCGUCGUCUCUACAGCCGUCCUCGCAGCAGUAGGCGUCGGUAUCGGGAUCUUUGUCCUCACGCGCUAUCGCAACGGUAUCAUGAGUCGGCUUAAGGGGCUCAGCCAGCGGGACCCCCUCCGAGGGCAGCAGGUGCACAUCAUCAACACGGCCGACGAAUGUCGGCUGAUCGUUAGCAAACUGCACCGACACUGUCAGGAGUACAAAGUGCUGGGUUUCGAUUGCGAAUGGGUCAGCAACCAGGGACAGCGGCGACCAGUGGCUCUGCUGCAGCUAGCCUCGCACCGGGGCCUUUGCGCCUUGAUUCGGCUGUGCAUGAUCAACAAACUGCCCCAGGAACUUUACGACCUGCUGAACGAUGACAACAUCAUCAAAGUAGGCGUUUCACCGUACGAAGAUGCCCGGCUACUGCGCGAAGACUAUAAGCUGAAGGUGGAAAGUACGCUGGAUCUGCGAUUCAUGGCUGAACGGGCUGGUCUGGAACCGUUCGGUAUUGCACGGCUGGCUAACGAGGUACUUGGCCUGACGCUCGACAAACAUUGGAAAAUACGCUGCUCCGAUUGGGAAGCACCGGAUUUGUCCGAUCGGCAGAUCAAGUAUGCCGCCAGCGAUGCCCAUGUAGCCGUGGAAUUGUUCAAAAAGUUCGCUUACAAACUAGUCCCACAUUACCCAUGGACCAGUCGCAAGGUGGUGCUGGAUCAAGUGCUGGAGGAGAUGGACUGCUUCAUGGAUCAACCGUACAACAGUCGCAAAGCGAAAUCUGGCGGUGGAGGUAGCAAAGCAAAGAAAGCCUUUCUCGAGUCACAAAACCAACAGAAAACUUCCAAACGUUACCAUACGACGCGCCAAAAGCCACUGUACCACAACUGCCAUCUACAAGCACCGGAUGGAGAGCUUCUGUGCACGUGCGAUCGAGGCAAGGCACAAUGGUACGUUGAUCGUGAGCUGGGCGAUGUAGUGAGCUACGAUCCGUAUACGGUUCGAUUGCGCUUCGAACCGUCGGGCCGAGCGGUCGACGAGGCGGGCAAGUACUAUCAGCAAACGAAGGCCAACAUCUGCGUCGUUUGUGGAGCCAAAGAGUGCUUCAACAGGAAGAACAUUGUUCCACGGGAUUACCGUAAACAUUUUCCAGUGAUAAUGAAGGAGCACGUUUCGCAUGAUGUGCUGCUGUUGUGCGCCGAUUGUCAUCAGCGUAGCAACAUGACCGACGAGCGGUUGCGACAAGAGCUGGCCGAGCUGUGCGGUGCACCGCUUUCGGGCCAAAAGAAUGGUUCGAAGGAGAUACGGCUCGAGUCAAUGGCCGAGAUACGGAAGGCUGCCCGUGCGCUGCUGUACAGUGCCACUCAGAUGCCACCGGAACGACGAGCGUUUCUUGAGCAGAGGUUACUCGACUUGUUAAACUCGGUCAAUCAAACAGCGAUGGCCGAUGAAAACCGCUUUGUACAGGAUGAUAGGAAGAGGAUCACGGAGUUGACACCGGAAUUGCUUCAGGAGUACAGCGUCGUAGAUGUAUCGAUCCGUAACGAGCUGUACUGUGCGCAUGGGGAACGUGUUGUGGAACACUUCAAAGAACAAAGCCGAGGAGGCUUAAGCCAGCUGGAACGGAUGUGGAGGGAACAUUUUCUGAAAACUAUGCGUCCGAAGCAUCUCCCUGCACUGUGGUCUGUCGAUCAUAACUACAAAAGGUUGGAAGUUCGUGCUGGUGAAGGUCGAGUUGAUGUGGAGGAUCUUGCGAUUGCGGGAAUUAGCCUAACAUCAUCAGCCUCGACCUCAACACGAUCGACCCGAUCGACUAAUUCUACCCACAACUCGCAUACCAAUGGGGACCAGGGCGGCAGCGGCGGCGGCAGUAACCGUUCGUUUAGCGGCAUGGUCAGUGAUACUGCAGCAACAUCUACACGAUUCUACUCACAAUGGGAACCGCCAACGAGCUCCAGCAUGCCCAGCACGAAUGGCACAUUAACCGGUGUUACGCUGCAAUCCCAGACACAGUACAAAUCCUUCCAUCAGCGGCACGGCUGGUCGAAGGAAUCAGAACCAUCCUCCAACGGCGGCCAGUCUUCCGGUUCGGUGACGGUUUUCAAAACCGUUCAACAACAGUCGCCCUUGGAGACCGACGGCGGCACCUCGGCUGCAGGAUCCAGCUACGUGCAGCAAGACAGUGAGCUGGCGACAGAGCGAGACUUUGCUUCGCUGCAGCUCACCUAUGAUAGUGAUGAUUCGAAUUCGACGCUCUCGCAACCCUCCUCGACCUUACUGAACUCGAACGGAACGUUCCCGGAUGACGACGAGGAGGAUGACGCUCUAUUGGAUGGUAUUGGCAAUGGACCAGUGCCCGGAUAAGCGCGAUGUGCGCCAACACCACUUGACACAAAGUCGACAAACGAUCAAUAGCAGCAGCAGCAGUUAGAUCUAUGGUAGACAUCGCAUCGCCGUCAUUCAGUUCCCGUAGGACACCUACUAACUAUACGAUGCAAGUAAUGCAGGAUGUAACAAACGAAUCAACAAUAAAUUAUAAUCACUGUUGGAUCU